UAUUACGAAAGAAGCAACAAACAUAACGGAUAAGUGUUAUCCUCAUCUUCAUCUUCAAACCCACCAAGAAAGAAAAGCAAAGAGAGUUUGGUAUCAGUAUCGCUAUGAACAUUGCCACUUAUUAUCAUCAGUCAAACUUCAUCUUGAAUCCUCGCAUAGACAAGACUUUAGCAGGGCUUCGACAAACAAGAUCAAAUAAUAUUACAUUCAUGCCAAGAACACAAGGAAGAAGAAGACCGUGUUUGGUAAGAGCAUCUGCUGGAGAAGAAGAAUCAGGCGAUCAAAGCAUACCUGAGAGAAGAAGUUUUUUGAGCUUAGCAGAGGCCGGUCUUGUGGAAAUCUCCGGCCUUGGUGCUCACGAGAAGUUUCUCUGUCGACUAACGAUAUCGUCGUUGAACUUAUUAAGAGUGAUAUCGGAGCAAGAAGGAUGCUCAAUAGAAGAGUUGAAUGCAGGCAAAAUAUGUGACUGGUUCCUCAAGGACAAGCUCAAGAGAGAGCACAACAUCGAAUCUGCUGUUCUUCAAUGGGAUGAUCCCGAUUUCCCAUUUUGAUUAUUCUUCUACUUUUUUGUUACAUUAAUUUAAAGGUUUCAUCAUAUCCAUUGGAAAUCAUCUGAAUCUAAUAUAUAUUGAAAAGGUAUGUGUCA